AUGAUCGACAUGCCAAACCGAAGAGAAUCGCCUGCUAUGAACAGUGUAAGGUCUCUAGAGAAGAGAUUAAGUCGUCUAAUUUUUUUAGUUCCAGCAGGAUUCCCCAUCAGACAACUAUCUCCGCUAUCCGUGGGUAUUUACCAGCAAGCCUCCAACAACCACACCGCCUCCAUCAAUCAUGGAUACUAUCUUCAAACCGUUUGAACCAUUUAUGCUACCUUUCAAACAACAACUUGACAAAGUCACAGUGAGUUAAAUUUCGAGUUUUGUUUUAUUUUUUCCCGCAAAACAUUGUCAUGAACUUUACAUUACAUAUUUGACCUUAUGAUACAUUCCAGCGGGACCAAUCAUUAUUCACCAACUUCCUCGAAGGCAAACCUCUUCCCCCACUGAACUCAAACUCGCCUCGAAAGUCCCCGUCUAAACCAAAUUCCCCGCAAAACAGCCUCCCAACAUCCCCGCCGACAUAUCCAAACGCCUUGUCCACUCUUCUCGAGCCCUUAGGCAUGAAUGCAAAACCUCGGGAAGAGAUCCAAAUCGGCAGAGACAAGAGUUUAUCCGUUCUUGGGAUGCCCGUCGGUCGAAGAGAUGGUCUCCAGUUGUCACCCUUACAAGGAUUAAGUCUUGGAGGGCAGAAUAUGUAUGGGCCGAUUGCUGUGAAUGACAAAUACAGUGUGAAUUGGAAUUUCUUGGAUGGAAUCGGGAAGCUGUUUGGUGGAGAUAUCUAG